AUGACCUGUGCCAAAUGCAACCAUGGAUUUUGCUGGCGCUGCCUCAAAUCCUGGAAGCCAAAUCACAAAGACUACUACAAUUGCUCUGCCAUGGUUAGCAGAGCAGCUCGCCAGGAGAAGCGGUUUCAAGACUAUAACGAGAGAUGUACUUUCCAUCACCAGGCCCGGGAGUUCGCCCUGAGCCUGCGGAACCGCGUGUCUGCCAUCCACGAGGUGCCGCCCCCCAGAUCCUUCACCUUCCUCAGUGACGCCUGCCGGGGAUUGGAGCAGGCCCGCAAGGUGGUGCGGGUAGGACUUAGGUGGUCUAAGGAAGGAGUUGAAGGAAGCAAAGGAGGGAGGGAGCCCCUGUGGCUUGCCCCCUCUGCAGAGGAGACGCUGCUGCGGUGUGGAGACCUGGGCUCGUCCCUGCGCCUGCUGCGCUCCGACUGCCUCAGCACGGGCCUGGAGCUGCUCCGGAGGAUCCAGGAGAGGCUGCUGGCUAUCCUGCAACAUUCUGCCCAGGACUUCCGGGUCGGUCUGCAGAGCCCAUCGUUAGAGGUCCAAGAGGCAAAAGGAUCCAACGUGCCUGGCAGUCAGCCUCAGGGGUCCCCAGGGCUGGAGGUGGAUGAGGAGGAGGAGGACGACGAUGAUGAGGAUGAUGUCCCUGAGUGGCAGCAGGAUGAGUUUGAUGAGGAGCUGGACAACGACAGCUUUUCCUAUGACGAAGAAUCUGAGAACCUGGACCGAGACACUUUCUUCUUCGGUGACGAGGAAGAGGAUGAUGAGGCCUAUGACUGAGGGGCAGGACAUAGGGAACACCUGGAGCCACACCAGAGUCCUGGGGGCUGAGGGGUGAGGUUGUCCCUUCCUGCCAUCGUUGGGGGAGGCGAUUCCCAGUGUCUGUAGUACCUUCUGUUUACUGAAUAAACUUUUUUUCCACGUA